GGCUGCCACUUUGAUAGCUUAAAUGUUCUUUAAGAUUUUCUAUGUAUAGUAAUGUUUAUCUUUCGUCAUUGAUUCUUGAAGAAAAUACGCCCAGUGGUAACACAUUACAAUUUUGAUAUUCUUGACUUAAUGAAGAUCUGUUGGCGUUUUAUCUGACACCGGACGAAACUCCAGACUUCUGUGGUUUUCAGGUUCGUCGAGACUAGUCAACGAGACUCGCACAUAUACGUGAUGAUAAUACGCGUCUGAUGCAAUCUGGCUCUCAAAGAAAGAGGUGUUUUGUCCAGCAGUCUAUUUCCCCCCUCUCUCACCCGUAUCCGGUGUCCCCUGGGGGCAAAUCCGAGUCCAAGAAGGCGCCAGGAAUUCGUGACUCAUAACCGUACACAGAGAUGAAAGAUACUGUUAAAUAUGCACAUGUUUUGUGAAUGUCAACUUGUUUUGUGAACAUUUACUUAUUUUUGUGAAAGUAACGUAUUUUGUGGAAGUUGACAUAUUUUGUGAGAGUUAACGUAUUUUAUGAAACGACGUAUUUUGCGUGUUAACGUAUUUUAUGAACGUUAACGUAUUUUGUGACAAUUAACGUAUUUCAUGAACAUUAAUGUAUUUUGUGACAGUUAACGUAUAUUGCGAACAUUAACAUAUAUUGUGAAAGAACACCAUUGGACUUGCAUUGAAAGUUUACGUUGAUACUUUGCAGUAACAAUCUUUAUUGACAUAUAUCCACUUGGAGAAAAAAGAAUACAUUCUGCGUCCAAUAAAGGUGGAAAUUCAAUGAUGAACAGAUCCCAGAGAUCAGAAAGUUAGGAGGAUUUCUUCUGACUUUGUCUUUAUUGGAUGGUUACAACUUCCUGGACUGCAGGAUGACCUCGAAUGGCAAAGGAAAAUCAGACAGCAAGAUCGUUGUCAUCGGCAAAGCAGGAGUUGGAAAAUCAGCAUUGGUUGUACGUUUUCUUACCAAGCGGUUUAUCUGGGAAUACGACCCAACACUAGAAUGUACGUACAAACAUUCCACUGUGGUUGACGAUGAAUCCGUUGUCAUGGAGAUAUUAGAUACGGCUGGUGUGCACGACGACGGCAGCAUCCACCGGGAAGGGACGAUCCGCUGGGCGGACGGCUUCGUGCUGGUCUACGCCAUCAACGAUCGCGACAGCUUCGACGAGAUCAUCAAGCUCAAGGAAUACAUUGACGACGUCAAACGGACGAACGUGCAGUGUGUGCUGGUGGCCAACAAGAAUGACCUACUUCACGAGCAGACGAUCGACGGGUGCGAGGGCCAGAGCGCUGCCCAGGACAUGGCGUGCGCGUUCUUCGAGACGUCGGCAAGCGACGGCGGAGAUGACAUCACGGAGCUGUUCCACGAACUGCACAGGGAGAUUAAGAGACGGAAGAUUAUCGAGACGAGGGGUAGGAGGAGGAGCUCCGCCCAGCAGGUGAGACACGUCUUCAACAGGAUGCUCAACAAGAUCGGAAGUACGUCAUAGUAGUAUAUCAGGUGGUUGGUUGUCAGGACAAUGGGAUUUUUUUUGGGGGGGGGGUCUAACAUGAAUCCUGCGAUUUUCUGGAACAGAUAACAGAAUGUUAAAGAAGAUGAGAAGAACAUCAUAGUAGUAUACCAUGUGGUUGGUUGUCAGGACAAUGGGAUUUAUUUUAUUUUAUUUAUUUUUUCCUAAUAUGAAUCCUGUGAUUUUCUGGUACAGAGAACAGAAUGUUGCACAAGGUCGGAAGUACCUCGUAGUAUGUUAUGUGAUUGGUCGUCAGGACAAUGGGAUUUUAAUUUUUUUAAACUAAAUAAUUUCCUGACAUGAAUGCUGUGAUUUUCUGGAACAGAGAACAGAAUGUUAAACAAGAUCGAAGUACGUCGUAGUAUAUAAUGUGGUUGGUUGUCAUGACAAUUGGGAUUUUUUAUUUUUUUUCCUAACAUGAAUGCUGUGAUUUUCUGGAACAGAGAACAGAACGUUAAGAAUGGAAGUAACUCUAGUUCUUUGUGGUUGGUCAUCGUGAUUUUGAUUUAUCCCAACACGAAUCCUGUGAUUUCUGUAUCGGACAAUAGAAUGUUAAAUAAGAUUGGACGGUUGUCAUGACAGUGGCAUUUUAAUUUAUUCUAAUACAAAUCCUGUGAUGUCUGGAACAGACAGCAAUGUUCAAGACGAUUGGAUGGUUGCUAUGACAAUGUCAUUUUAAUUUUGUCUAACAGAAAUCCUGUGAUUUCUGGAACAGGCAACAUGAUGUUCGAUACGACUGGAAGUACGUCGUAGUGGCUGUUAUGGCGAUAGAAUUUUGAUUUUAUUCUAACACAAAAUACUGUGAUUUCUGGACCAGACUACAAAAAUGUUAAAUGAAGUUGAAAAUCUGAAAGGACAUUAUGUCGCCACAUGGUUCAGGCCCGUACGCAGAAAUUUAUUAUGGGGGGGGGGGGGGGGGGGGGGG